AAAAUAUCACAUAUAGUAAAGUUUUAUGCUCAUUUAGCUCAUUGGAUAUUCAGUAUUAUUUAACAUUUUCUUUAUUCGUUUAUUGUGAUUUAUAAAUAAUUGGAACUUGGAAGUGCCAAGUGGUUGCUAAUUGCUACUCGCUAAUCAGUAAUCAGUACUUACUAUUUGUUAGUUGCUAAAACUAGGAACUUGUUUUAGGUGGUCUUUUUUAUUUAGCCAUUAGUAAUCCUACCUAUCAACAUUCAACUUUUUUUCUUCUGAUUUCGUGCACUGUGACGUAAACAUAGAAGUUUCUAAUCAUGGAAUCAGAUAAAUCAACUUUUCAACCUAUAGACUUAGUGGGCAAAGUUAUUAUUAAAGUUCAAUUAGGCGAUGACAUAAGAAAAGUAUUAAUUCACAAUGAGUCUAUUACAUAUGAUGAAUUAUUAUUAAUGAUGCAGCGAAUAUUUAAUGGAAAAUUAACAGCUAAUGAUGAUCUCACUAUAAAAUACAAAGAUGAAGAUGGAGAUUUAGUAACUGUAUUUGAUAGUCAAGACUUAUCAUUUGCUUUACAAACAAGUAGGGUCUUAAAAUUGCAAGUAUUUAUGAAUAAUUUGAAUUAUCAAGAACGACUGAAAUCAAAACUUAAUGCUGAUGAACUUAAAAAACAACUGCGAGAAAUAAGAGAUGCUGUCACAUGGUUAUUAGAUACAAUUGAAGUUACCAAUGAAGGAAACAAUAAUAAUAUGUCAAAUUCUAUACAACAAGAACCAGUAAAUAUUGCAUCACCAGAAAUACCAACAGAUAAUGGAGUUACUAAAGAAUUUGAUCCAUUACGUAAUUCUAAAGAAGAAUGUUCAAAAACUCCUCAAACUCCACAACCAGUUAAAUCUGAAGUAUCUCAGGAUAAUUUGGCUGUAUCUCAACCUCAAAGACAAACACCGCCAGUUCAACAGCCUCAAAUUGUAUAUAAUGGACAAUCUCAAGCCAAUAUGAAUCAACACAAUCCUUACUCUGGAGGGCAAAUCCCACCACCACUAGGGCCUCAGACUAAAUGGGUGAAUCCUUAUCAGCAACCUGGAAUGCGUGCGUCCUAUCCAACUGCUCAAUACUCUUACCUAUAUUCGGGACAGAUACCAGCAUCUGGUUAUUCUCAGAUAACAGCACAAAUGAAGCACCCUACUGGAAAUCAACCUGGUCAUUCGUUGUAUUAUCCGACUAAUACAACCCCUAAUCCUCAAUAUUCUACUUCUCAGUAUCCAGGACAAUAAUAAAAAGUUACUAUAGUAAAAAUAUCAACUGAAUGGACUGAUUUACCCAUUUGAAAUAUUUAUAAAAUAUAAAUAUAGUAUUUUAUAAGUACAUUCAAAACUUGUUUCAAACUUAAAAAUAGUUAUUGUAAGGACAAAAUUGAAUGGUGUUGAAUGGUUUAUUAAAAAGGACAAAUGUUUAAUUAAUAUUAUGUAGUGUUUUCAAUUUAAGAGUUUUUUUUGUAAUUACAAAAUAUUUGUGUUAAAAAUUGACAUAAUAAACAUAUAAAUUAAUAUUAAGGAAUUUCCCUAUUUUAUGUAUAAACAACAUUUUUGCACAACUCAUUUGCAGAUUUUUAAAAAUACUGUAUUUAAAGAAUGAUAACCAUUUUUCAUAUUUUUAGUUAUUGCAUUCCAUAAUCCUGAUGGAUGUUCAUAAAUUAUUUAUUUUAUAAAAUUUGAUUGAUAUAUAAUUUUUCUUUAUAAUAUACUAUUUAAUAUAUAAUUCACAUUUUUAUUAACUAAGGUGUUAAUUAAAUAAAAGUGUGUUGAUAUAUAUUUUUUUUUUGAAAGGUGAAAUUUCUACUAUUAUAUUUUAAUUUCUUCUAUUAAUUAUGUUAACAAUUUUAUUUUAAAAAUUCUGUAUACAUUUAAAAAUAUAUUGAAAAAGAAAUAUACAUUCACAUAUUUAAUUUGUAAUUUAUUUGUAAAUCACUCAUAUAUAUAUAAUAUUGUAAUUUUUCUACUUUGAAAAAUUAAAUAAAUAUAAUUGAAUAUCGUUUCCUAGAA